GAAGCGGUUCUCGGGCGGCGCCUUCCGGCCCAGCAUGGCGGAGGGACCCGGGGAGGGCCCGCGGCUGGCGGAGCUGCUUGAGACCGGCCGGCGGCUCUGGGAGGAGCUGGACAGCGGCACCGAGCCGUCCUCGGGGGCCCCGGCCGUGCAGGACAAGGUGCGGCAGGGGCUGGAGGCGCUGCGGCAGGCCGAGGCCAUGGUGGCGCAGCUGGACCUGUUCAGCGAGAAUGAGGAGCUGGAGGAGAUCGCUUCGGCUGACCUGAAGUUCUUGCCGCUGCCCGCCUUGCUGGGGGCUCUGACGCUGAAGCAGGUCGACUUGAACAAGAGGCUGGAGCACCUGGAGAGCGCUCGCACCCACUUCUGGCGUUUCCUCAAGCUCUGCAGCAGCUAUGGGCUGGGCAGCUUCCAGCUGCCCCCCGCCAGCCCCCCGGGAGAGCAGGACACGGGGAGCCCGGCCCCGGGCGGCCCUGCUGCCGCCCAGCACAGCCUGGUGGCCAUGGCGUCCAGCAGACAAGCCAAGAUCGAGAGGUACAAGCAGAAGAAGGAGCUGGAGAACAGGUUGGCCUCCCUGAGAAGCUUUGUGGAGGGCGGGCAAGCAGACGAGGAUCAGAUACGGGAAUUUUACACCCUACAAAUCCGGAAAUGGAUCAACACCAGCCUUGAGGAAAUUGAAAGUAUUGACCAAGAAAUGGUCAUCCUGAGGAGCAGAGGGAGCACAAAGCAGCCAUCAGCACCACCACACGGGACGUCUCGGCCGCCCAGGACUCCGCUGAAACCGUUCAUUCUUACCCGGGAUGCUGCUCAGGCCAAGGUGUUUGGUGCCGGCUACCCCGGCCUGCCCACCAUGACUGUGGACGACUGGUACGAGCAGCGCAGGCGCCAGGGUGUCGUGUCGGCCCAGAGCGCGCCCCACGGAGCCCCAGCAGGUAUCACUGAUGAAGAGCUGCAGAAGCAGCAGCAGGAGAAAAAAGAGGAGGAGGAUGAUGAGGAAGCUCUUCAGAAAGCCCGGAACUGGGAUGACUGGAAGGAUACGCACCCCAGAGGCUACGGCAACCGGCAGAACAUGGGCUGACGUUCUCGCUGCAGAGGGAGCGGGGCCUGGAAAUCCUGUCAGAAUCGCCCGUGUCCUGGAGAUAGAGGAGUAAAUCCACUGUACAUACGCGGAGGUGUCCGGGGCUUUUCUGGGAGGUGCUGGAGCCAGAGGAGUAAACAGGCCAGUUUGCUUUGGUUCGCAUUAAAUGUCAGCCUGGGCGCGCUGGUCACGUACAGCGAUAGCGCGGUGCUUUCCGAGGGGUCAGGCUGCCUCUGCUCUGCAGUCGGAGGGAGUCCUUGAAAGAAAAGUACACGGAUUUGGAAACCGCUCUUUGUAUUGUGGGUGGAUGUAUUUAUUUUAUUUUUUCCUCUAUAUUUUAAGCAGAAUAAAAUCUGUUGUGCCACCUUGUUA